CUAAGAUAUUCUUUUAAGCCAUUAUCUCGUUUGCCUUUUCUUAAAAAUUUUUUUUUUCCCUAAACUAAAAACCAAUCUCUUACCAACCUCCCAAUAACCAACAAUGGCCUCAAACAGCAACAGUGGCUUGGUCGUUUGCUUCGGCGAGAUGCUCAUCGAUUUCGUCCCGACGGAGUCCGGUGUAUCGCUGGCGGAGGCUCCCGGAUUUCUAAAAGCAGCCGGUGGUGCUCCCGCAAACGUGGCUAUUGCCGUGAAGAGACUAGGCGGAAGAUCGGCUUUUGUCGGCAAAUUGGGUGACGACGAGUUUGGCCGGAUGCUGGCCGGAAUUUUGGAGGAGAACGGUGUCUCAACCGUCGGCGUCAACUUUGACAAGGGUGCAAGAACCGCAUUGGCGUACGUCACCCUCCGAUCUGACGGUGAGCGCGAGUUCAUGUUCUACAGAAACCCUGGUGCUGACAUGUUGCUUACGCCCGAAGAAUUAAACCUGGAUCUACUCAAGUCCGCGAAAAUCUUUCACUUUGGCUCCAUAAGUUUGAUCGUUGACCCAUGCAGAUCGGCUCAUAUCAAAGCUAUGGAAGUUGCAAGAGAAAGCGGAGCUCUCCUUUCAUACGACGUAAACCUUCGCGAACUCCUCUGGCCAUCUAAAGAGGAAGCUCGGAAACAAAUCUUGAGCAUAUGGGAUAAGGCUGACAUUAUCAAAAUCAGCGAUGUAGAACUACAAUUUUUGACCGGAAGUGACAAGAUCGACGACGAAUCGGCAAUGUCACUAUGGCGUCCGACCUUGAAACUCUUGUUGGUAACCCUAGGAGAGAAUGGUUGUAAUUACUAUGGAAAGAGUUUUAUGGGUCACGUCGAUAGCUUCCGUGUGGAUCAAGUUGACACCACCGGCGCCGGAGAUUCGUUUGUCGGAGCCCUAUUGGGAAAGGUUGUCGAUGAUCAAGGCAUUCUUGAAGAUGAAAAGAGGUUGAGGGAAGUUUUGAGGUUUGCAUGCGCUUGUGGAGCCAUCACAACCACGAAGAAAGGUGCAAUUCCAUCGCUUCCAACUCAAGAUCAAGUUUUCAGCCUCAUGAAGAAAGGAUGCUAGAAUUUUUCAGUUAGAUAAAUAUAUAUAUAUAUAUAUCUAUAUAUAUAUAUAUAUAAUCAUUCGCAUUGUUGCCUUGUUUAAUUAUCUUGUUUUUAAUUUUUUUUCCUAUUUAAUUUUAAACUUUUUUUGGAGUG